AUGAAUUCUAGACACUUUCUACUAUUUCUUCUAACCGUACUGUUUGUCCACGUGGCACUCGGCGAGAAUGGUCUGGAUGUCAAUUCGCUUAGCGGCAAAAGCAAAAAGUUCUUCUUUGAUGUAAGUGACACGUUCUGAGCCUUCAGAAGGUGAGCGACUUCAGAUGACAAAGCAAGUGAUGGGCGUUCCCUCGCUGAAGCCCGAGAACCUGGCCGCCCAGGCUUUCUUCCGCAACUUCCUCGACAAGUACACGAAGCUCGACGACAAAAUCAAGAACGACAUGAUCCAGCACGUUCCGAAGGCUACCAAACUUUUCGAUGCGGCCGGUAUGACAAAAGCUCUUGAGAAUCUUAAGAACACACUGAAAUCGGUCCCAUUUUCAGCAAAAAAAUACAACAUCGACCCGACUGCCGCGUUCAAAAUGCUCUCCACAUUCUUCGAGACGUUCAAGAAGGGCGCCUCGAGCGAGAUGGCGUCCAAGGGACUUCAGAUGGCCGGAAAACUGCUCGGAGGAAAGGGAGGAGGCGGUGGAAGCCUUCUCGGAUUCUUGGGAACUCGUUAA